AUGAGGGCCGAAAGACCCGUGGCGGGCCGCGGGGUGUACGCGCAGCAGCGGUCUGGUCGGGCCCCCCAGGGGGAGAGGGGGGCCCCCCAGGGGGGCCCCCAAGGGGGGGCCCCUAGGAGCGCGUAUAUGGACGGGCGGCUGGUGUGGGGCGCGAAUGUUGCUGCUGCUGGAAAGGCGUGCGUGUCUUUGCUGCUGCAGCAAGGAGCAGCAGCAGCAGCAGCAGCAAAAGGGGAAGGAAUAGUUUUUGAUUUGGUGGGGACUGUCCCUUUUGAGCAGCCAGAAGUGGAGCCGCAGCUGCUCUCCAUCGUCUCCGACCUGCAGCUGCUGCAGCCGCAGCAGCAGCAGCAGCAGCAGCAGCAGGGGGUAGACUCCCACGGGCUGCUGCACCACGGCCGCCUUUUGGGCUGGGCUGCUAAGGGCCUCGAAGACCUCGACUAG